ACCACUAACCAGGGACAAUUGUGAAGGGGAUUACAGUGCCAGCAAGAGACACAGAACCAAGAAGACAUUCUUAAGGAAACAUGGAUGAUGUCAUAAAUAUGACAGUGCCUUCUGCUAGAAAUAACACAUGCCAUGACACUAUUGAUGACUUCCGCAAUCAAGUAUAUUCCACCCUGUAUUCUAUGAUCUCCGUUGUGGGAUUCUUUGGCAAUGGCUUUGUGCUCUAUGUUCUCAUAAAAACAUAUCAUGAGAAGUCAGCCUUUCAAGUGUACAUGAUUAAUUUAGCAGUGGCAGAUCUACUGUGUGUGUGCACACUGCCUCUCCGCGUGGUCUACUAUGUCCAUAAAGGCAUUUGGCUCUUUGGUGACUUUUUGUGCCGCCUCAGCACUUAUGCCUUGUAUGUCAACCUCUAUUGUAGCAUCUUCUUUAUGACAGCCAUGAGCUUUUUCCGGUGCAUUGCAAUUGUAUUCCCUGUCCAGAACAUUAAUUUGGUUACACAGAAAAAAGCCAGGUUUGUGUGUGUUGGCAUUUGGAUUUUUGUGAUUUUUACCAGUUCUCCAUUUUUAAUGAAUAACUCUUAUAAAGAUGAGAAGAACAAUACCAAGUGCUUUGAGCCUCCACAAGACAAUCAGACUAAAAGAUAUGUUUUGGUUUUACAUUAUGUGUCAUUAUUUUUUGGCUUCAUCAUUCCUUUUGUUAUUAUACUGGUCUGUUACUCAAUGAUCAUUUUUACCUUACUGAAAAAUUCAAUGAAGAAAAAUCUAUCAAGUCGUAAAAAGGCUAUAGGAAUGAUCAUAGUUGUGACAGCUGCCUUUUUGAUCAGCUUCAUGCCAUAUCAUAUUCAACGCACCAUCCAUCUUCAUUUUUUACACAGUGAAACUCAAUCCUGUGAUUCUGUGCUUAGAAUGCAAAAGUCAGUGGUCAUAACCUUGUCUCUGGCUGCAUCAAAUUGUUGUUUUGACCCUCUCCUAUAUUUCUUUUCAGGGGGAAACUUUAGGAGAAGGUUGUCUACAUUUAGAAAACAUUCUUUAUCCAGCAUGACUUAUGCACCCAAGAAGAAGGCCUCCUUGCCAGAAAAAUGUGAAGAAGUAUGUAAAGAAUAGUUAGCUAAGCCCAUCUCCAGCAUAAACCAAUGAGAAGAAUUCUCCCAAAUGUUGUCUCAAAUCAUUUACAAUGAAAAUUAAAAUUUUCACUAAAAAUU